UUGUCUCUCUGCACCUCAACCCCAAAAAGAAAAAGACACUUCAAAUUUUCUUGAAAUUUGGCCUGUGUUUCUUGGAGCUGUAGCUUAGUUCAUUGGUUCAUUGGUGUUAUAGCCACCAUUAUAUUACUAACAUUUUCAAGAGAUGGGUGAGAAGACAAGCUUCCAGUUGGGUGUGGUGGGAGCAUUGUUUCUCUCAGUGGCAUCCUCAGUCUCUAUUGUUAUUUGCAACAAAGCUUUGAUGAGCAAUCUUGGUUUCCCAUUUGCAACAACAUUGACAAGUUGGCAUCUGAUGGUGACAUUUGUUACACUUCAUGUGGCACUGAAAUUCAAUUUCUUUGAGAACAAACCCAUUGAUAUGAAGACUGUGAUUCUCUUUGGUAUCUUAAAUGGCAUUUCCAUUGGCUUUCUCAAUCUCAGCCUUGGUUUUAAUUCUAUUGGCUUUUACCAGAUGACAAAGUUAGCAAUUAUACCUUUCACUGUACUUUUAGAAACCAUUUUCUUAAAAAAACAAUUCAGCCGGAAUGUCAAAUUCUCUCUGUUAAUUCUGUUGCUCGGAGUCGGUAUCGCCUCCAUUACCGAUCUUCAGCUCAAUUUUGUUGGCACAAUCCUCUCUCUACUAGCCAUUGUUACAACUUGUGUUGGACAAAUUCUCACAAAUACAAUUCAGAAGAGACUCAACAUUUCAUCUACACAACUGUUGUACCAAUCAGCCCCUUUCCAAGCAGGUAUUCUAUUUGUGACAGGGCCUUUGGUGGAUCAAUUCCUUACUAACAAGAAUGUUUUUGCUCACAAGUAUUCCAAUGUUGUGUGGGGAUUCAUAUUGUUGUCAUGCUUGAUUGCUGUGUCAGUUAAUUUCAGCACAUUUUUGGUGAUUGGUAAGACAUCACCAGUGACAUACCAAGUGCUAGGCCACUUAAAAACAUGCCUUGUUCUAGGAUUUGGCUAUACACUGCUGCAUGAUCCCUUCACAUCAAGAAACAUUGUUGGUAUACUUGUUGCCAUUGUUGGCAUGGGAUUGUAUUCCUAUUUUUGCAUACAUGAAACUACAAAAAAACAGCUUGGAGAUCAUUCUUCCAUUCCUCAAGUUAAAGAGAAAGAUACUAGUACCCCACUUCUGGCAGGGAAGGAUGGUUAUCAAGAUAAGGAAAAUCAUGAAACCAAGAAGUUAUCCAACUCCCUAGUUUAAAUUUAGAGUUGAGAUGAGAAUGUUUCAAAUAAACAAAAAAAUCUGAAUUUGGAGACAUUCCACUGGAUGUAAAUGAUUUUUGGUUCAUUCAAUAAAAUUUCCACAAAUUGUGUUCGUAAAAGAGAAACUCAGAAAUGAGAGAAGAAGAGUGAACAAUUAUGAUGAACACUCAUGUAUUGAGAAUGAA